AUGGGUUCGUCUUCUAAGAGGGAUCGUGGAAGAUCUUCAGGCAAAAAUGGACAUGCUGUCAAUCACAAACGAGAUAAGCUUUAUAACUCUAGGAUAAUUCGAAAUGAGCUUAAUGAUCCCGCAUUCACAAAUCCGGAUGGCAGAAAUCAUAAGAUUAUCACGUUAAACAACAUGGCAAAUAAAUUGGAUGUUCCAACGUUGGUUAAAUCACGGGAAUUCGAAAUUCAAUCUCUCGAAAAAUCACAGCUAAAGUCGAAAUAUGCUUCCUCUACCAGAGUGUUUCAAAGUUUACCGAGAGAACUUCGAAGAAGAACCGCAAGUCAUAAUGUUAAGCGUGUUCCAAAGCGAAUGCGACCACGUGCACUUAAAGAAAUGGGGCUAUCGAAUCGUACUCUUGCCAGGGAAACGAAAGGUGUUUCAACAAGUGGUAAACCUCUUCAUAAAUCGCAUCCCCGGGGAAGAGAGCUUUACAGAUUAAGAAGAAAGCAAAAAUUACUCAAAUACGCUGCGAAGCACAAACUUUCCGGCCAGGUUCUUCAUGGUGAAAUUAUCAACAUCAAGAAAAUGGAUAUGAGGGGGAAAUUGAAAAUGAUUAAGCAGGAAAUUCAAAAGAUCGAGUCUGAAAGGAAAUUGCAAGAGGAUGAAAUAAUGCAGGAAAAACAUUCAGAUGAAAGUACAAUGUUGGUGUACGAUAUUAGUGCUACAAAGAAGGCCAAGAAUCUGGUGAACAAUCUUGCUGGAUCUUAUGAUAAUACUGGAGUUAAUGCUAAAGCUUCUAUCCACAGAAUCGGUGCACUUAAAUAUGCAACCCGUCAAGCAAAAUUUAAGUGGCUUCCUACUCAUAUAUGGCAUGCAAAGCGUGCAAAAAUGAUCAAAAGAUGGGGCUGGCAAAUUCCGUAUGAACCCACAAUGAAAUGUUUUCGGAAAACUAGCCGUAGUUAUAGGUUUAAGGGCUGUUUAGCUUGGGAUACUUCUUACAUUAAUACUUUUAUCUUGAACUGUUCUAGGAAUAGUAAUGAAUCGGUGAAGGUUGUGGAAAAGAUCUUACUGGAUCUUUCUGACGGUGCUAUAAAUGAAACGUCAACUUACUUAUCUGGUAAACGGCUAUGGGAAGGAUUCAUACAUUUGGGAUCAGAACCGGUUUCACCUGGUUCUAUUCACGUAAUAUUUUCAGAUAAAUUACUUCAGGUGGUAAUUCGCGUGCAUCCUUCCACUUAUAAUGAUGUUUAUGACCGACUAAAUCGAGCUAUUGCCGGUAACGAUAAUAUCGAUCUACAUGAUGCGAAAUAUGCCGUGGGGUCUAUUAAAGUAACUGGCCCAAAGGCAUUGGAAGCGUUACAGUCUAUUUUUCAUAACAGAAAAGAGUCUUCCGGGAAAGCUUAUGAACUUUGGAGAUCUUUGGCUAACUUGCAUGAUGUUAAUACUAUACCGAAAGGAUCAAUGUUUGCUUUCAUGGUGGAGGACCCCAGAAUGUGGAAUAAGCCUGUUAUUGCGCACACAUCACUUGAAGAAAAUGCAGACGAUAUUUUAAAUUUAAUUUUAAAGGUGAAGCAGAAUGGAGGUAUUGACCAAGAAGCCUUGCAAUGUUUGCUUUCUAUAGAUGGUCGUAAUUCAAGUUACAAAAACCAGCAGACAUUGAAACAGUUGGGAAAGAGGAGAAAGCCAGAGAUAUCAGGAGAACCUAUACCAAGAACAAAUCAGGAUCCAAUGUUUCCUGUGGUAAUUUGGAAAGAUAACGAUAAUUCAUUUAAUGUAAUUCUUCCUUGGUUUUGGACGAUGCCAGUUUGGUAUCAGCUUGUACACGUUCCUCAUUUAAUGAUGGCUGGUACAAGACAGCUGGACCAAAUAGAUUAUGAAAGAGGACAAUUAAGUUUCAGUGAUCUUGCUUUCACGCGCAAUGGAUACACUGAAAGUCGGAUUAGAAUGGAAGAGAACACAAAAAGAUGGAAUAGAAAGCCUAAGAGCAAGCGUAUACAAUACGAUAGUUUGCAAUUGGGUAACGAGACAGGGGAACUGUUGUCACCAUUUGGUUGUGACUGGAGAUCUUUGCAAGUUUUACGGUUUGCUUUACAGAAAGUGCCGAAGGAUGCCGAUAAUUCGAAGAUUGUGCCAUCUGAGUUCGACAAGUUCCUUUCCCGUAUAAUAAUGACAAAUUUCGAUGCUAUUGAAUCCGUGAAGGACAUUCAAAAGCACGAUAAGAGCAUACUUUUGACAGGGAAACGACCAUAUACUAAAAUUCCUAUGAAACUUGUUGCAGCCAAAGAGUCGGCCACUCUUACAUCUAGUUUUGAAUUCACCUCCAAAGGUAUACCACAAUUACCAGUAAAGGCUUUGAGCUUCGAAUGUACAACUCGUGGAAAUCUAACGGAUGGUGCGAGAAUUUAUAUCAUACCACAGGAUCACGUUAAACAGUGGGUGCUAUUUGGGGAUUCGACUAUCAAGAAUAUUAAGGGUGGCAAUAUGUCUUCAAGCAAUCUUCAAGUCCCAGGCAGUGAAUAUCUAAUUGGACUUGUUACCAGUGCGACGUUUAAUCUCUCGAAAGGGUAUGGUACAGGUGUUGGUUAUGUUGAUGCAUCUGCCUUGACUACAUGCAGUAAAUACAUCCUAAUUAGAAACAUUGGCUCAGACGUUUGUCGUGUUUGCAAGUGGAAGUUCAUAAACGUUUUAUAG